AUGUUACUGUUGGGCCCUUCCUCUUUCUAUCUGGAUGCCAUUCCCAUCCUGCUGAUCCAGCACAGGCUCAGCACCCUGCAGUACGUGAUCCAGCACAGGCUCAGCACCCUGCACGCCGUGAGCGGCGCGCUGCUGGCCARGGAGGAGCGCUACAAGAGACUGAAUGCAGAAUUGGAAGCAAAAGCAGAGAAGGUGGUGCGUCAAGCUGAAGAAGUAAUGAAAAGCCAACAGGAGAUACUAUCCAGGCCAGUUUCAGUACAGACAGACAAGUCAUGUGAAGCUGGCAAACAGAGAGAUUCAUUCUACCCUGAAGCCACCUCUUUUACACACUCACAUGUCAAGCCACCAAACAAGAAGCGUAAUGCCCUGGCUCAGAACAGACCAUGCUCUGGCAGUCAAGGAAGGAGGCCACCUUCAAGUUCAAAAGCAAGAAAUACAGAAAUACAAAACACCGAUGAUGUUGCAGUACUAGAGGAUUGCACAGAAUAUUCUCUAGCAAAAACAAUAAGUAAAAUUGAAGAAAAGCUAGAGAAAGGGGACUUGCCAGACUGUGUGGAUGAUGAUGAUGAUAUUAUUCCAAGUGCUGGAAAUGAAAUUGGAGCRGAAGCUCAAAUCAGAUUUCUUAAAGCAAAGUUACGUGUUAUGCAGGAAGAGCUGGAUAAUGUAGUAUGUGAAUGCAGGAAGAAGGAAGAUGAAAAUGAGAAUUUAAAAUCGCAUCUUAAAGAUACUGUGGAAGAGAACACUAGGCUGCAACGAGCAAUCAGGGUGCAGCAGUCUCAGACAGAAAAGUACCGAACGUUGGCACAAGAAGCAAACAAAAAAAGUGAAGGAUUGCAACAGGAGGUCAUAGCACUCGAAAAGGAAUUAGAGAACCUGAAGCGUGCACAAAAGCAGGCUGCAACCAGUCAGAGUGCCACGGAAGUUCGCUUAAAUAGGGCUGUGGAAGAAGCAGAAAGGUAUAAAGUAGAGCUGAAUAAACUGAAGCAAAGUCACAAGGACGCAGCUAACGAAGAACUCAAAACAAUUGAAGAAUUAAAAACAGAAAACAAGAAGCUGCAGAAGCAAAAAGGAGAGCUAAUGGCAGGCUUUAAGAAGCAGUUAAAGUUAAUUGAUGUUUUAAAGAGACAAAAGAUGCACAUUGAAGCUGCUAAGAUGCUUUCUUUUACUGAAGAGGAAUUUAUGAAAGCUCUGGACUGGGGAAAUUCUUGAUCCAAUGAACAGGCAGCUUCUGCUUGAAACACAGGCCAGGCCGGAUCUUAUUUUGACACUGUAGAUAAGUACCCAUUGCUCAUUACACUUGCAUGUUCCCAUUACAUUCUUGGUGUUGAUUUUGCUUAUGUUGAAAUUGCUUAAUUUGUAAAAUAAAAAAAAAUUGGCAAUAUCCCAUAAAAUAUAAAUCUCUUUGGCACUGGUGCUGAAAUUUAGCUGGACUGCAGUGAGCAGACAAAUACAAAACAUGCAGGAAAUAUUCCACCAAGUAAACUGUUACUAGCUCAUUCUGUCUCAGCAUUUAAAAAUUAAGUGAUAUGUAUGAUAAUAUAUACCAUUAAAAAAUAAGAUAUGUUUCAUUUCAAAAAACUUCUCAUUGCAACGGGAAGAAAGUUAUGUUUGAGAAGAAAAUGUCACAUCCCUUUAAAAAUACAAGUUCCGAAGGUAUCGGGUAUCAUCUGUUCUCUGCAACAGCUUCCCCUGCACCAACUAACCAGGUCCUCAGCCCAGUUUAAGCCUCAACAUCUCUUUAAUAGAAAUGUUGUAACUUCAGCAACAACAUCUUACACCCCGCCUGGCAAAAACAGACUGAAACCUUUCGCAGCCAUCACAUAUGACCUGUGAUAGUCUGGAGUGACAGCUCUAUUUUCACAGGUGCCUCCUUAGAGACAUUAUGAUGGUGUCAUCAUAAUCAAGAAUUAGAUAAAAGUCUGAGUGUAGGUGAGCUGAACAACAUGUGUGGAUGUAUUAAUAACACAUUAAUGAACAGAACCUGUAAAAGUCUGC